AUGCGCCACACGAGCUUCAAAAGACUUUUAAUCUCAUUCCUACUUCAUCUUGUAGCUCUUGAUAGACACGGCGCUAUUGACGUAUCACAAUCAUUGAAGUAUGGAAGUAAGAUAUAUGAAGUUCUUGAAAACAACACACAUAACUCUUGGGAAUUUGGAACUGCCGCAGAAGUUAUUUUGGAGCGAUUCUACCCAAGCCUGAGCGUCUAUUCGACAUCAAACAAGAUUCCCCUAAAGGCUUCACCAGACAUAGUCCCCAAUGAAAUCUUUGAUAUAAUAGAUCCCAUCAUGGCAUCACGCAAGCCAAGCUCAGCACCACGACCUAUCAUACCAGAUGGUGCACUUGGGGAUCCAGCGAGUUUAGGUGUUGCUGUGAUAGUUGCAGGAAUGACAGUAGGUUCAAGACCAGCAUCUGAGCAAAAAUUUCAAGGACAACAAUAUGGUGAAGCUGCACAACAACAAUUAGAUCAUUUACUUGGAUCGACUUUUAAAGGACCCCACGGAGAAUUUUCACAUAGAGAAAGCGAAUUUCAACUUUGGUCUGAUGCCAUGUAUAUGAUCCCACCUUUCAUAGCAUACUACGGAGCUCAAACAUCAAACAUCACUCUACUUCAAUUAGCAUAUGAUCAAAUCAGAUUAUAUCGCACAGCGAUGCAAGAUCCAGUGACUAAGACUUGGCGGCAUAUACUCUUUGGUCAAAAACCUGUUCAAGAUCCAGGUCUUUGGUCAACAGGAAACGGAUGGGUAGCCGCUGGACUCAUGAGGGUCUUGGCCACCAUGCAAAAUAUUCGUGAUGAUACUCUUCGGUCUGAAACAGUGGCUUGGCAAGUUGAGAUCCUGUCUUGGGUUCUUGAGGUCAUUAAUGGAGGAUUCAAGUUUCAGUCAAGUGACUCUGGGCUUUUGCCCAAUUACUUUGCGGCCAAUACUACUACAUAUGAUGAGGUCGCGGGGACGGCUUUACUAGCCUCAGCAGCCUAUAGAUUAGUUUCACUUAAGCCCUCAACAGCUUCCAAACUUCCAAUGGACUCAAUCGAUAGAGCAAGAAUCCAAAUCUUACAAAAACAUGUAGACCCCAAAACUGGAAUCGUUUCACCCGUUGUGAAUCCUCAAAAUAUGACAGGUCCAAUACCACUUAAAUCAACUGAAGUUAGUGCUGAAGCUCAAGCAUUUGUUUUACUUAUGGUCUCUGGUUGGGAAGCAUAUCAACACGUUCAACUUACUGGAAACGCUCCACAUUCGACAAAUAUCUUUUGGACCUUUGGAUUCUUCUCAACAAUCUUAGCUAUACUGAUACUUAACUUCAUGUGA